AUGGCCGGAUUUGACAGCACCCCGAAAACUCCCUCAUAUGAGCCUGCUCAGAUUUCCGAAGUAGGCUCCGAGCCACAAAUUGCGACCACUGAAUAUAAGCGCCAUCCAGUGUACUCCCCCAAAGAAUGGCUUUUGGAAUCGAUUAGUUCGAUUCUGGCCCUGGGCCUCCUCAUUGCAAUUGCCAUUAUCUUCUGGUAUAUGGACAACAAGCCUCUCUCUGCCUGGCGCGCCGGCGUCUCUCUCAACGCGACAGUUUCUAUUCUGACCACUGCAUGCACCACAGCGUUGAUGUACGGGGUUAGCACAUUCAUUGGGCAGUCUAAAUGGCUUCACUUCAGAAACGGGCCUCGAAAGCUUGCUGACUUUGAAACAUUUGACGAAGCGAGUCGCGGUGUUUGGGGGUCUAUUCUGCUGCUUACCACCGUCAAGUGGAAUAUAGCCACCAUCGGCGCAUUCAUCACGAUCUUACGACUUGCUUUCUCGCCGUUCGCACAACAGGUGGUUCUGAUUAAACAGCGAGACAUCAUAUCUCCUUCCGACACCGCCACCUUAGGAUAUGCGCACAAUUACACCAUAAACAAACAGGUUAACCUUGCCAACUCUCGCAUUGAGAGCAUCCCACAGGAUCCCGAUAUGCAGUCCGCCAUCUACCAGGGCCUCUAUGGCAUCAACACCACGGAACCUUUUAACUGCCCCGGGACAUGCCGCUGGACCGGACCAUACAUAUCACUUGGGUUCAAUACCCAGUGCAGGAACGUCACCCAGGAAACGUUGCAGACGACUACCUGCGUGGAGGCUGGUAAUGGUGUCCUGGAGCGAUGCAACAUGACAACACCGGGUGGGGUUGUCGUUGCAAGCCUCUUUGCGUUUACCGAUUUGUCGACAGCAUAUUACAUGAAUGCAUCUUCAUUGAUGGCUUUCGUACCUUCAACCCCUGGAUUGCCACCUACCUUUCCCGAAAUCGUGCGACUUGCAGUCUAUAGAUCGAGCCCAGACGCUAAUUUUCAAAUGCGCAACAUCAACAUCACAGAGUGCUCUCUCUCCCUCGCGGUCUAUGAAUACAGAGAAGCCAAUGCCACUGGUAGUGAUUUCUCCUUUGAGAGCAGGCAGGUCGAUUUCGGUGUGAAAAAUCCCUGGACGCUCUCGAACAACACAAGUGACAAAUAUCAGCGCAUAUACAUCAACGAGACAACAACAAGUGAUGGUAUCCAUAUUCCUACGCUUGAAAUGAGCUAUAGAAGUCUGGAAGCGCUGGGAAAUUUCUACGAGUCCCCAACAAUGUCUACCGAGUGGGUCGAAGGGAACUAUGUCAAUACGAACCUUGGUGUCGCCGCUACUCUAACUGGCGACGUGGACCUUGGCGACCGUUUCAAUCAAAUGGCGACUGCCAUGACAACCUAUCUGCGGUAUGGCCCGAAUACCCAGUCUGCACAUGGAGAGGUAAUUCGGAGCGAGCCAUUUGUUUUCAUCCGCUGGGGGUAUUUCGUUGUUCCGAUUGUGACUGAGGGGUUCGCGGUUUUGUUCGCCAUCUUGAGUAUCUUUAGCAAUCGCCGGAGCCGCCGUGUUCCCGUUUGGAAGUCCUCGACACUCGCUGUGCUGGCUUGUCAGCAUGAGGAGAGGCUUGGGCUCCUGCAAACUACGGACAAAGAUAUUUACGAGAUUGGGGACGAGGCUAAGAAGGCUGAGGUACGGCUGCCAUAG